ACUGUUUUUCCGAUCCACCCAGCUCAGGGUGCUUAAGUCCAUUUCUUGCAGCCUCUUUUCAAGUUUUACUCUUUUAGGCAAACCUUUAUCCCCUCUACAAGCCAUUAUGCUUCGCUGUGUCCCUCGCGUGCUUCGACCAUCUUCUAGCAUAGGACUUGCUAGACCUACCGCUCGAUAUUUGCAUCAAGUUACAGGAGACUUCCUCAACUAUGAUGCGAAAGGCAUUCCAGUCUCCACCAAAGUGCCCGUGUUCAUUGGCGACCCAGGAGAAACAUUUGUUCUGAUUACCACGGAUAUUGGACGCGCUUUGCAUGCCGCAAGCCAUGACCGGCUCAAACUAACGGCGCUUCCGAGCGGUAAAGCCGGAGAAGACAGCUGCCCAGUUACAUUUUUCCAUGACACGCAGCAUUUUGGCUUCGGACCGUCAAGUUACCCCCGGCUUCAUAUUCCUAUAAACUUUCCACGCCAAACCGAUUCAAACACCAGCCCGGCAACUCUACAUCUGACUGGAAAUAUGCAUGACAUUGUUCUGGAUGGGACUCCUGACGCAAAAUUCUUCGAGCUGGCCAACGCUAGUGGGCGGGAAUUACAGGGCGCGCUCGAUGAGUUAAAGGAUAGGUGAUCCUAGGAAUGUUAUUCAAUAUCCGGACUCCAUCAAUUGCUUAGUACCCAUAACUCUUCGUGCCCAUGGACGUUUUUACCAACUCGUCAGACACGCAUUUCACGACUAAAAGUGGAACUUGUUUUGUCACGACAAAUGUGCGUAUUGCAUAUACUUCCCCGGCUGACAAACUGAGAUGUAACAUAAAUCUGUUCUAAAUAUUUACUUACAAUGCUCCCAACAUAAUUCGCGAGUCACUAGGGACGAUAUGAUAGAGCUAUGCAACAGUCAGCCCAGCGCUUGCGAGUGUGGCCCUUGAUAAUGGUGGGGGGAUUGCUGUGUGUUGCAGCCCCUGCAUUCAUUCCACGUAUUUUUUGCAUGAGUGGCUCCUCAGCCCAUCGAAUUUGAGCUUUCUGUAUCCUAGCGGUCGAGAACAUAUACCCCGACAAAUGGUUGAACUAGGGGGCGCAGGCUUGACAGUGGGUGCCACAACGUCGGGCGGCAACACCAGUCCUGCUAUUGGACGAGAUUACUACCUCGAUGGUGCCUGAUGCAUAUUAAGGGUGUAUUCUAUCUUUAGGAAUAUGCCUUGUUGUUUCCAUUGCCGCCCGUAGAUGGAUGGUGUCCUUCCCCCCCAGUCAACUCGAGGGAGUAGACAUAUAAGGCCCUUGCGACUUCCAUAUGAUAACUGUUUUCAUAUCAUCACUACUUGUUAAUCCAUUAUUGUUGUUGCUCUCUUUA